AUUAGGUACUUCACAAAAUAACUGACAUUUUGAAAAAAAAAAAAGAAAAAAUAUUUUCUAAACUGUAAAUAUUUAACAAAACUAAACCAAAAAUAUGACUUCACAUUCAAAAAGAUCAUCAACAAUUAGUGCACCUAUUACAAAUCUUGAUUUCCCAGAAGAAUUAGCCCAUUACAAGUGGCAUUGCUCUCUCGGAGAAAUGUGUCGGAACAACAUAAGACCCCUUCGGUCAACUGAUUUUGGAAUACCACAAAUUAUAUCGAUAAGAAAAUCACUCUCCAAAUCCAGCUCAUACAAUUCAACUUCUCCACCUGCAUCCUCUUUCAAACCUUUGUCCAAAAAUCCAUCCCAUUUGGGUACAUCAAAAGUUCUGGUUGAUACAAAACAUAGAAAAUCUAUCAGAGUCAAAAAGAUACAAUUUACAAGACCUUGUGCAGAUAGUGUUGAAUUUGGUGCUCCCGUAUCAUUAAUUGGAAAAUGUCCAGCAAAAGAUAGACAACAAUUCAAAUUAACUGAAGAUCCUCGUAAACGAUUUUGUUUAAAAAAUCCAAAUCGAAUUCAUUUCAAACCAAUUGCACAGCCUGUUGAGCUGGCUAAAGUCAAAGAACUUGUAAAGACUGCCGACAAUGUUAUUUCUUCUUCAGAAUCGCAUUCAUCGAAUUCUAGUAUUUGUCAAGUUAUAGAUUUAGCCAAUCCAUUGGGUUUGGAUUUUCAAGGAACCGAUUAUAAAAACACUUACGAACGGGAUGAGCAAUCUUGUCAGAACCAAAUCGAAUACCGAAAGGUAAGAAGAUUUCAACAUCGACGAAAUGUUCAAUUAGAAACUGUACAAUAUACUGAAAAAGAACAACAGGCUGAGAGGAUAGCAAUUCCAAAGUGUUUUGCUAUGGACGAUUCUUCGGUACAACAUGCCAAACCUAUUGUACGAUUAUCAAACGUCUUGAAUAAAGGCAGACAUAUGUAUGGGAGGCUCGUUAGAGCUGAGCAAAAGCCAGAGGUCUAUAAGAUCCUUAAAGAGGAAGAACAAAAUCGAAGAGAACGCUAUAAGCAGUUGUAUAUCAAGAAAAAACAAAAAACUGCUAGAAAGCAUGAAGAAGAAAUUCAAAAUGAAAAAGCAGUUGCUGCCGAUAAAGCAACUGUUUUAGCAGAAAAAGAUAUUCAAGAUUUUGUUAAUUUACUUGAUCGUACAAUCAUAACGAAAAAGAUGAAUCCUCGUCAGAUUCCUGAGAGGAAAAAAUUCCCCCAUAAUAUUUCCGAAACUAUUAAGUUUCGUUACGAUAUGAAAAAAUCUAAACGAAUUCUCAGGGACAGCGCCAUUGUGAAGCAGAAUUUCUACCAACAAAUGGGAAUACCGAAGAAAAUUCCUGAAACUGAACUUGCCAUUAGCACUGACUCAAAUUCCCCAAGUACUAAAACUGAGGAGCAAUCUACCAACGAUGAAGAUGACAUGGUUGUUGGCCAGAAAGGAAGUAAAUUUAUUCUUCGUGGAUUUCGAUAUAAAAUGGGUACAAAUUUAAAAGGAAAAUUUAAUCAGCAUGAAUUGGCUGAGAAAAAUGGCAAGAUGAAAGGUUGCAUAACCAGAACAGAAUGGUUUGAGUCGUUAGUUCCAAGAAAAGUUCAGAAAAAUGACCAACGAGAUCUUGAAAUGAAACUUUAUCCUCAAGAACUCGGUCUUAAACCGUUUCAUGCUAAAAGUGCUAUUAGGGAAUUUCGAAAAAAGCCAUUGGGAGGGCAUUAUGAUCGAACCGUUAGAAAGAAACUUCACAUAAAAAGACCAAAAACCAUGAAGGUAAGAAAGUUUAACUUAAUAGGUUUUCUAUAUGGCAAAUCGACAAGAAACAAAUCGGUAGCAUCUUUAAGAAGCUCUGAAGCAAUCAAUCUUAAAGGAUGCACGAUGGAAUAUGUGAGAAACAAAACAGAAAAGGAAAAGUUAAAGAAGAAAAUCCAAAAACGUCAACGUAUGCAAUACUUGGGAAUACCAUAUUCUCAGGAGAAGAUUCAAAAAACAAAAUCCAAAUGCGUUGAUUCCGACUCGGGAGAUUCUGAUUGGAUUCCAGAUGAAAUACCAAAUGACAAAAAUCCAUCUGAGCACAUUGAUUUGCGAGGUCGUGGAAAUAUGCCUGCAUCAGAAAAUCGGGAGACGACUUUACGGCAAAUUCCAAAAAAUUCUAGAGAUUACAAACACUUGAGAGUCCCUUCACCUCUUCUCAAUGAAUAUGUCCAAGCCCAACAUAUACCUGUUUUGAGAAAGCUUAGAGAUGAUAAAAUUGUUGUCGAAAAUGUUAGAAAUGUUAAACCAACCGAAUAUGCCAAGAAAUUUGGAGCUCGUCAUCAUCAUGACCAUUGGAAUCCAACGCAACAUAAAUCUGUAAAUGUUCGGUAUUCGAGAAAAAUAGUUAAACCUAAACUUUUGAAAAGAACAUCUCAAGUCGAUGCAAGAGAAAAAUCCCAAACAACUUUUGACAAAGCUCGACCAAGAGGAAGUAAUGUCGAUGAACAAGAUUUUUCCAUACCAAUGUAUAAUUUUGACGAAAUUAUCGAAAAUCAUGGAAAUAAAAUAAAAAGUGAUACCAAAAGACAAACCAAAGAACACGUGUUCCAUCAAUCUAAAGAUAUGCCCAUCCAUAGCUUGGGUGAAGAUGAGUUUCAAGAAUUUCCAGGACGUGAUAAAUUUCUUGAAUUUAUUCGUAACAUCAAAACAGAAUUGAAUAAGCGUUCAGGGGUAACCGACACUAGUCAACUGGUAAUUGAUAAAAAAUCCUUCAUAGAUGAACUCAAGGAAGAUCUCCUCAGUAUAGAAUCUUGUCUUAGCUCACUUAGCUCUUCAGAAUGUACAAACUUAUCAAAUGACAGUGGAAGCUUCCUUAUGGCUGGAGACAAAAAAAUCCCAUUAGACUACUUGAGAAAGUCAGUGGUUCCUUUUGAGGAAAUGAAUAGACAUCGUAUCGAAGCUAUACCUAUUGACGCUAGCAAAGAAGAACUUAAUCCUUAUCGAACUGUUCCCUUUGCUGGUCAGCAAAGGGAACAAUUGUCUAUGACAACAGCUAAAGAUAACUUUUUCACAUUCAAUACAAGAUUACAGAAUGGAAUGCGACAACGUCUAGAAGUGAAGACAGAGGAUCCCAAAAAAAAGGUAAUUGGUCCGAAGAAAGGCCCAAAAGAGAUCGCUCAAGUAGCAACUGACAUCGACGAAUUGUAUAUAGAAGACCUCAAGAAACCUCCAUCAUUAAAGCCAUUUAAGUGGAAUUCCUGCCGGACCAUGAUCAAAGAUGCCCUUCGCAAGAAAUUCGAAUCGAUGUUGAUUCAAGGUGAAAUUGUCCGAACAAAAAUCAACGAUCGUCGCAAUGAAGAAUACUACCAGCAAAUGAUUAAAUCAAAGGAAUUAUUUGAAAGGUUGUUUGCAAAAUGGGAAAAGAAAGAGUAUGAAGCUGCAAUGGAAGUUGUGAAUAGAGUCAAACCCUACUAUGAAGCAACUGAUAUUUAUCGAAAGGACUAUCAAGAGUUAAGUAAGGAAUUUACAGUUUUGAAUAUGGACAUUGUUUACAUAGAAAACGAUUGGACACGUCGAACUAUAUUACAAAAUUUCCAUUAUUUAUUGGCCGAUAUGGAGUGGCGAGUGGAGCACGAUUGGAUUCAUCGAAAUGAAGAUGGUAGUUUGGAAGGCUUCCAAGAGUCGAUUGUUAAGAGAUCGAUUGUGAACAUUCGUAAGAGGGAUAAAGAUGAUGCAUGGGCUGUUAAAAAAUAUUAUGAAGAGAUUUUCUUAAAGAAUCCUCAUCCUAUUAUUGUUGUUUUUCCAAAUGCUAAAGAAUUCAUUAAUGGAAUUGAAAAUUUAAAAUCUAAAACAUUUGUUCUACUUCUUGAAUUACAUUAUACUUUGUGGAUUUUGGCCGAGUUGGAACAGAGAUAUCAAGAGUUUAAUGAUUGGUGUACAGUUGAGUUGGCAUCUAAGAAGAAAUUUGCUGAAAAUAAAUGUGCAAAUAAGUACUAUAUGGAAGAUCGAGCUGGAAAGUUAAAAGAACAAAUGAAUGCUUUCCUAGGCGAUCCGAUUGAUGAAACUUUUGGGGAUAAGCGAUUGAGUCAGAUUAAAGGAAUCUGUAAUGAAAUUUAUAAACACAUAGUGCCUGAUGGUGAUCAAAUGGAUUUGAGUGCUUUGGAGCAGGUUGCUGCAAUAUCGGAGGUGUUGGAUGAACUUCUUGGUAAAUUCGAAAACAUUCCUGUGGCCCAACGUAAUCGCGUUGAGAAAAAACACCGCAGACUCCUCGCUUACCGUCGCAAAAUGUCCAAACAGGCUGUUUUCAUAGAACGCCGAAUUGCCUCUGAAAUGGUUAAAGUUAAACGCAACUUAGCACCUCCAUUUGUAAAACCAAAACGUCAAGGUAAUCUUCCGCGUUCAGAAUUGAAGAAAGUGAUUCGUGUGCGUGAGAAAAGGCAAAUUUCAAUGUCACAACAAACGAAAUUCUUUUACAAAGCCUUUCAUGAUGAGGGUGAUCCGAAAGGUCUGAAAGAAGCACGCGAAAGUUUGGAUGUGAUUGAAGGAAUUCAAAAAUCUAUUGUUCCUUUUUACUUUGAUCAUUUUCUCAUUAUCAAUGGCUAUCAACCAAGUUAUGAUUUUCAAACUCAAGUAGAAUUGAGAGAUGGUCCAGAAAUUGACCGUAUGCAAGUUAAAAAGGUGCUACCUGAAGUUAUGGAAAAAUUCGAAAAAUGGCAAAUUAUGAAGAAGAGGAUUAUGGAAGAGAAUAUAAGUAAAAAUCCUCAAAUGUAUCAGAACGUUCGAAUAUGAAUUUAUAUAUAUUUUUCUCUAUUCAAUUACAACAACAAACUUAACUAGA